CGAUGAGAGCCACACCGGACACCCAGAGGACGGGAGAAGAAGCCGGGGCUCAGGGCAGAAGCUGAUUAGGAGAGCACUCAGCAGACACAGGUGGUGUUCGGUGGUAUCUGACAGAAGAACCGUAAACAAAACAAAAACAUGACGAACGAAGGUGUCGAGGGGACGGAGAGGUUCCUGAGCCCGGGCAGUGGCAGAGGCCUGCGGGCGGUGAGGCACUUCGCGGAGGGGGAGCUGGUGUUCGCCUGCCCUGCCUACUCGUACGUGUUGACAGUGAAUGAGAGAGGAGCGCACUGUGAGAACUGCUUCUGCAGGAGAGAAGACCUUUUCAAGUGUGGCAAAUGUAAGCAGGCCUACUACUGCAAUGUUGACUGUCAGAGAGGCGAUUGGCCCAUGCAUAAGCUGGAGUGUGUAGCUAUGUCUGCCUACGGGGAAAACUGGUGUCCAUCAGAGACUGUCAGAUUGGUGGCUCGAAUCAUCAUGAAACAGAGAGUCACAACAGAGCGCACCCCUUCAGAAAGGGUGCUACUGGUCAGCGAGUUUGAAGCCCAUUUAGAUAAGAUGGACAGUGAGAAGGACGAGCUGAACCAGGCAGACAUAGCAGCGCUGCACCACUUCUACUCCCGACACAUCAGUGACAUCCCUGACGAACAGGCUCUCACUGAACUCUUUGCGCAGGUUAACUGUAAUGGUUUCACUAUAGAGGAUGAAGAGCUCUCCCAUCUGGGAUCAGCUGUUUUUCCUGAUGUAGCACUGAUGAAUCACAGCUGUAGUCCUAAUGUCAUAGUGACCUAUAAAGGCACAGUGGCUGAGGUCAGAGCUAUCAAAGAGAUCGACCCCGGAGAUGAAGUCUUGAACAGCUACAUAGACCUGCUCUAUCCAACAGAGGACAGGAAAGAGAGGUUGUUAGAUUCGUACUUCUUCAUAUGCCAGUGUACUGAGUGCACCAGCAAAUCUAAGGACAAAGCAAAAAUGGAGAUCAGGAAGCUGAGUACUCCACCGGAGCCAGAGGAAAUCCGAUCCAUGGUCUAUUACGCCAAGAGUGUCAUCGAGGAGUUCAGAAGAGCCAAACACUACAAGACCCCCAGUGAGCUGCUGGAGAUGUGUGAGCUUAGCCAGGAGAAGAUGGGAGCUAUAUUUGCAGACACCAACGUCUACAUGCUGCACAUGAUGUAUCAGGCCAUGGGUGUCUGUCUCUACAUGCAGGACUGGGACGGAGCUAUGAGCUACGGAGAGAAGAUCAUUCAGCCAUACAGUGUUCACUACCCGCCCUACUCUCUGAAUGUGGCGUCUAUGUAUCUGAAACUGGGACGUCUGUAUUUGGGGCUGGAGAGGAAGAAACAAGGAGUCAAAGCUUUAAAGAAGGCUGUUGCCAUCAUGGAGUUGGCUCAUGGGAAGGAUCACAAUUAUGUAGCAGAAGUCAAACGGGAAAUCGAGGAGCAGAAGUAAACGAUAAGAGAUUAAAGAGAGACAGGCACUGGGUUGAUGAACCUCUCUUUAAAGCAGCAACAACACAAAUACACAUCACAACUGCAUGCCAUGCCAUCUCACACCUCUCCGUUUUUUUCUUCGCCCACUCUAUUGUUUCUCUUGCCUCUUUGUAGGCAGGGUGUUUUGUCUUUCUUUAACAUAUUGUGGCUGAGAAUGACCUGUUCUGUACCUGCGGCUCCGUACUUCCUGUCAGACCUGGAGUUAAAAGCAGACAAGUCAGGAUUAAAUCGUUUGGAAUGAAAAAAGUGACUUAAAUAACAAAGAAAAUGAUCACAUCAGUGGUAAAAAAGAACUUUAUGACUGCCUUUAAAGUUGUCUUUUGGAGGAAACAACCGUUUCAUGUGACCGCUACAUAAACUCCAUUGUCUGCAGUUUUUCUCUCCUUGUGAGACUGAAAUCAUUCACUGCGUUCUGUAGACUCGUCAACAGGCCGUGUUUCACCAUCAUUUAUGUCUUUGGCAGCAGUUUUAGCUGCACAGAGCAGUUGUUCAAUGAUUUUGACUUCUAUACAAGCUGGCGAGUAGUUGUUAUAAACGGCAUUACUACUGAUUCCCAGCCAAUGCAUUUAAAUUCUAUCAAACAGAGUUUCUGACUUCAUUGGUUCUUGUUUAAACUGUGAAAAAAUAACAACUGACCAUGCAUCAGCUACUCUGUAGCAAAGGAGAAGAGACUGUAGAACUAUUCCUGAAUGAAGUGGUUUGAUCGGCUUGUCUUACAGUGCGUUUUGCUUGUUUUUAAAGAACCACAAAAAAGUGUUGCAUGUUUAUGUUGUUUAUUGUUUUUCAUAUGAGGCUUGUUGACCAAAGGGGGGGCCAUGGGUUUAACUGACAAGGAACCAGCUAUAACUCUCUAUUCACAGUGUAUCCUUAAGCAGGGGUGCUGAUCUGAGACCAGAUUACCUCUUAAAUCACAGUGAAGACAUUGGUACUAUUACCUGAUCAACGAUCCGGGAUCAGAGCCCCGUUGCUCUCAGGAAAAAAGGCGCAACACUGUAGCUUUUGUUGCCUUUUUCUCAAGAGAUGCACGAUUGAACCUUUUUUUUUGUGUGUGUGUGUGUGUGUGUGUGUGUGUGUGUGUGUGUGUGUUUUGUCAAAAGCAGCAUGUAUCCAGAUUGUCAUUACCCUGGGAAUGAAAUCACUUAAGCAGCAGUGGGCAGAAUAUUAAUUUACAGUAUAACCUGGUAAAAUGACCUUUUACAUGCAGGUGAUAACGAGGAGGGAUAUCAUCCUCACCAUACAAUUUUAUAAUCAACAAGAAUGAAUGACAUUUGUACAUUUGUAUUUCAUUUGACAUAUGGUUUUUAAUGACCCUGGAAUCAUGAGAAGAAGGAGGAGCAGUUACAUUAUAUAGAAAUGACUAAGCAUGCAUUGUGUGAAGGAGGCUUCAAAAGUUGAGUCAAGAUCCUCACCUGGACCUUAUUUAAGGGUUCUUGCUGCACUCAGAUUUUGUACAAUUAUUGCGACAAAUAUGUCUAAAUGGCAAACCUAUAAGCACAUUUUGUUUCAUUUUAUUUAGAUUUUUUAAUCAAUUUCUGUUAGUGGAUUGUUGGCCUGCCUGCAGUUUUCUCGCAAUGCACCGCUAUAGGAACUACAGUCCUUUAUUCUUUUUAAUGCCUGUAGCUUCUCCCUCUUGCUUACUAUUGACUAUGGAUGCAGUUUUAUGCAUGGGUUACUGAGGGUUAUAAAAUAGCCCGUUAUGAGUUGGCUGUGGUCAUAUUUGUAGCAAUUCUGCAUCGGUGACUCUUUUUGUCACCUGCAAAGAUGCAUCUAGAAGGUGCUUGCCUUUUGCAUAGGUAAUCCUAAAGCACCGUUUCAGCAACUCUGUUCCACAUGUUUACUUUUUAUUUUUACAAAGAAAAAAACACAAUGAAAAGAGGGUUUUAAGGCUGGUUUGCACAAACCAUAACACAUCUAAACCCUCUGUUUGCUGGAUGUGAGUGCUUCUUAGCCAGACUCCAAAAGCAUACAUAUGAUUUGUUUUAUUUUUUCUGUGAUUUUAUGAAAGAACCUGUGGCACACGGGUUCAAACAGUAAAAUCCAUAAUCCUGCCGCACAAAUAAAACCAUAUGAAAGGCUACCUAGAUGAUGUUUUCUCCCGUUUCUGUGAUGAGCUGUUACUUUACGAGGCAUGAACGUUCUAUUGGAAUGCAUAAUUUAAACCUGAACCUCAUGUCUUUCUGUACCAUGUCAGUGGAACUCAAUAAAGGACAGUGUGGCACUUGU